UGGAACAAACUUAAUUUUCAGUCAUUAAUCUAAGUAAAUUUACUCUCAUUACAUAUACAACCUAUGCAAUUUACAUUUCUUCAAAAAACAAAACAAAAAUACAUCUUCUUAUAAAUGUAUAAUAUUUUAAUUGAUCUAAAAUUUGUGAUUUAUGGCCAUCCACUUUAUAAGCUGAAAGUGCAACAUCAUUCAGGGUGGGUUGAGCAGGUGUGAGUACAAAUGUGGUAUUGCUGAGAGUUGUUAAAAAAUUGUUUUCUUUGUGUGUGGAAGGACAUAUUUUCAGCCAAGCGCUGUGUGUAUAUAAACACCAAUAAAUACCAUUGUACUGAAGUGUGAUUGUGCCCGAGUCAUAAUUUCUUGUACAGAACCGUUAUUACCAUCACACUGCUUUACAGACACACAUGGUUUGUACACGUCACUCAAACACAGAAGCAGGAAACAGGAAACUCUUCAGUUCAGAGACAGAUAAACUGAAGUGUAGUUGAGCUGUUGUGUGUUUGUGUCUCUGUAUUUAUGCAGUAAAAUGGCAGAAGCCAGAUUUUCUCAGGAUGAAUUCCUGUGUCCAGUGUGUCAGGAUAUACUGAAGGAUCCAGUGACCACUUCCUGUGGACACAGUUACUGUAAAAGCUGUAUUACAGACUGCUGGGAUCAGGAGGAUCAGAAGAGAGUCUACAGCUGUCCUCAGUGCAGACAGACCUUCAGUCCAAGACCUGCUUUAGCUAAAAACACCAUGCUGGCUGAAGUGGUGGAGAAACUGAAGAAUACUGAAAUUACUGCUGACUGUUUUGCUGGAGCUGGAGAUGUGCAGUGUGACGUCUGUACUGGAAGAAAACACAAAGCCGUCAAGUCCUGUCUGGUGUGUCUGGACUCUUACUGUCAGAAUCACCUUGAACAACAUGAGAGUUUGUUAAAAGGAAAGAGACACAAUCUGACUGAUGCCACUGGACGACUGCAGGAGAUGAUCUGCCAGAAACACAACAAGAUCCUUGAGGUUUUCUGCCGCACUGAUCAGAAGUGUAUAUGUGUGUUGUGUACGAUGGAUGAACAUAAAAACCACGACACUGUAUCAGCUGCAGCACAGAGGACAGAGAAACAGCACCAGCUGAAGGAGACGCAGAGGUCGUUCCAGCAGAGGAUCCAGCAGAGAGAGAAAGAUCUCCAGCAGCUGAGAGAGGCUGUGAAGUCUCAUAAGAGCUCUGCACAGACAGCAGUGGAGGACAGUGAGAGGAUUGUCAUUGAGCUCAUCCCCCCCAUCGAGAGAAGCCGCUCUGAGGCCACACAGUGGAUCAGAGAUCAGGAAAAGACUGCAGUGAGUCGAGCUGAAGGACGACUGGAACGACUGGAGCAGGAGAUCAAUGAUCUGAGGAGGAGAGACUCUGAGCUGGAGCAGCUUUCACACACACAGGAUCACAUCCAUUUCCUGCAGAGUUUCCAGUCUCUCUCAGCUCCUCCUGAAUCUACAGAUGUAAAUGACGAUCCCUUCAGUUCUCUCUCCUCUUUUGAUUUUGUGAGAGAAUCUGUCCUUCAGCUGAGAGACAAACUGGAGGAUUUCUGCAAAGAGGAGCUCAAGAAGAUCUCUGACAGAGUCACUUUCACCAACAUUGUUCCCAGGACCAGGAACGACUUCCUACAAUAUUCCCAUCAGCUCACUCUGGAUCUGAACACAGUGAAUAAACACCUACGUCUGUCUGAGAGGAACAGAGUGAUUACUGGCACUCAAACAGAGCAGCCGUAUCCUGAUCAUCCAGACAGAUUUGAUAAUUGGGAGCAGGUGUUGUGUAGAGAGAGUGUGUGUGGACGCUGUUACUGGGAGAUUGAGUGGAGUGUUGGUGUGCGUAUAUCAGUGUCAUAUAAGAGCAUCAGCAGGAAAGGAGAGGGAAAAGAGUGUUGGUUUGGAUCUAAUGAUCAGUCCUGGAGUUUGUUCUGCUCUCACUCCAGAUACUCAUUCAGACACAAUAACAGAGGGACUAAUCUCCCAGUAAAGUCCAUCAUCAGCAGUAGAAUAGGAGUGUAUGUGGAUCACAGUGCAGGAACUCUCUCCUUCUACAGCGUCUCUGGAGACACAAUGAUCCUCAUCCACACAGUCCAGACCACAUUCACUCAACCGCUCUAUCCUGGGUUUAGUAUUUAUUAUAAAUCAUCAGUGAAAUUGUGUUGAUGAAUCAGAACAGAUUGUAGAGAUUCUACCCAUAAUGCUUUGAGCUCAUGAUAAAUCAGUAACACUGGCUACGUUUACAUGCACCGAUUUUCGUCAAUCCGAAUUAAUUGAAUCUGAUUGCAGAUAUGUUUAUAUGUACUCUAAACAUUGUAAUCUGAUUCAAAUAUCCAUUUAAAUGUGUUUUAUAUACAUUCUGAUUAAAAUUUUUGCACACUCGCUCUGCGUGUGUGACGUCAUAUCAGUCACACUUGUGGUAACCCGGGUUGUGUCAACAGACGAUGAUCAUGUAUCGAUGAUAACCAGAGAUAUUGUCAAAAGCAUCAAAUCUUGGCAAUAUUAAGAGGAUUUGGUAUUUCCAAUUAAUGUAGGCCUGUUACAUUCUUCUAGUCUAUUAUUAUUACUAUUAGGUUUGCUUCUUUUAUUAUCA